CAUGAGCUGAACAUCGCACAUCCAGUGAAGGCGAGGCUGAGGCUUCGCACGGAUUAGAGUCAAUGGCAGAUUACACCGUACCUUUUGGAAGAGAGGCAGAUUUUGGGAUUUCGGCAGGUUUCCAAAGUCACUCAUCAUUAUCCAACAGACGGCAUAUUUUACCCAGAACAACGGAUUGAGGAAAACGAAGAAUGGGAUUGAGGAUAACGACUCCGUGGGGGUUUAAGUGUUUCGACAAAAUAUUAUGCAAUUAGUUAAUAUUCCCGAUGCAAUCAUCCUACCACUCAAACUAUAUGAACACAUUUAGGCGGAAUCAUUCUACUUUUUCCAAGAAAAUGGCUGAUAUCAAUUUACUCCAAAGUUAUCCAACAAUUGUUUAAUUGGAAACGAUGCAAAUUGUGCACAUGUCAUUUCUUGGAGGAACAUUUACCUGGUUUUCUGUCGUAUUGUGAUGUUGGCAGAGGCAGAGUCCGGUACCACAGGGAGACACCGCAGUCCAGGCGCAGCACAGAAGAUAAACAUGCAGUCCCUUGACCCAUGGAGAUAUGGCAUAUAGGUUCAUGUCAAACCGAAUCGUGCCAUCUUCAAAUAGGUUGAGCAAACGAUUUAUUUUUCUAUUCACCAUUUCAUUGUCCUUCACAUAUUUAUGCUACAGCAUACUGUUUUGUUGUGGUACAAUCAUGCCAACCCAGAGUUAUGAGGAAAAAAAGUGCCUCCAUCACAAGAACGUAGGAAGCAUAAAACUUCUGCAAAAAGAUUGCAUCGCGGACAGGAGGACUGCUCUGGAUGAGACUUUAAACGUGACACUCACUCACCAAGGAUCAAGUAAUGCUCGCAAACAAAGUAGAAAUUCUGCCUUGCCCAUCACUCACAAACGGAGUAUUGCCCCAUCCGAAUAUAAUAUUACUGUUGCACAGAAAUAUGGAAACAAAAAGUUACCCAACGCACUAAUCAUCGGGGUGAAGAAGGGCGGCACCAGAGCGGUGCUGGAGUUCAUUCGAAUUCAUCCAGAUGUGCGCGCGCUUGGAACAGAGCCCCACUUUUUCGAUAGAAACUAUGACAGAGGAUUGGACUGGUACAGAGGACUAAUGCCACGGACUCUAGACAGCCAAAUCACCUUGGAGAAAACCCCCAGCUACUUUGUGACACGAGAGGCUCCCAGACGCAUCGCCAGUAUGUCCCCCAACACCAAGCUGAUUGUGGUGGUGCGUAACCCAGUCACCAGGGCCAUCUCAGACUACACACAGACCCUGUCCAAGAAGCCGGACAUCCCCACCUUCGAGGAGCUGGCCUUCCAGAACCGUAGCCAGGGUCUGGUAGACACCUCAUGGAACGCUAUCCGCAUAGGGAUGUACAUCCUCCACCUAGAGAACUGGCUGCAGUACUUUCGCCUCUCCCAGAUCCACUUUGUGAGCGGCGAGCGGCUGAUCACGGACCCGGCUGGGGAGCUGGGCCGCGUCCAGGACUUCUUGGGUCUCAAACGCAUCAUCACAGACAAGCACUUCUACUUUAACCGAACCAAAGGCUUCCCUUGCCUGAAGAAGCCAGAGAGCAGCAGCCAGCCCCGCUGCCUGGGCAAGUCCAAGGGCAGAACUCACGUGCAGAUCGACCGGGAGGUCAUUGAGCAGCUCCGGGACUUUUAUAGGCCUUUCAAUAUCAAAUUCUAUGAGAUGGUGGGGCAAGACUUUAGGUGGGAUUGAGAAUCUGAUUAUAAAAAUAACCAGGUGAUAUGUGCUUAUUGAAAUGGAUACCUCGGUGGAGUCAUUCGAAUGAGGAGACCUUAAAGUAAAUCCAAUUUCUCUUCAUGUUUGAAAAUACAGUGCAAGUUUAACAAGGUGUGUGUAAUCUGCCACUAACAUUAAGACCUUUGGUAUAAUUUCCUAGUUCCUACUUUAACAUCAUGCCGGUUUUGUUAACCAAAUAAAAGAGAAAGAUAUGCUGCCAUGCCAUUUCAUCUCACAAUUAGUAUUCGUCAUCAACUAAAUUGUGCUUCUUCACAAAGGCCUGUUACUUUUACAACACUGUACCA